AUGGCGAUACAGUACAUAUUGGUGAUGAACAGACAGGGCAAGAUCCGGAUAGCCAAGUGGUACGACAACAAGAUCAGCGAUGACGAGAAGUUCAAGAUGAAGACAGAUAUCCACAAGUUGAUAAGCAGUCGAGACUUCAAGAACCAGUCGAAUUUUGUGGAAUUUCAGAACAACAAGAUCAUCUACCGGAGAUAUGCUGGGCUCUUCUUCAUAUUUGUUGUUGAGAUGACAGACAACGAGUUGGUCAUCUUGGAGAGCAUCCACUUGUUUGUGGAGGUGUUGGAUAUGUUUUUUGGGGACGUUUGCGAGCUAGACUUGGUGUUCAACUUUUAUAAGGUGUAUGGUAUACUUGAUGAGAUGUUUCUAGGUGGUGAGAUUGAGGAAACAUCGAAGGAAAUCAUAAUUAAUCGGAUAAAGUACUGUGAAAAGUUGGAUUGA